CAUAUUUUUCACUCUACAUUCUCCUUUGAACUCCCACCCUUUUGCUCUUGUUUGCUUCAAAUUGACUUUCAUUUCUUCUGAUUCUUUCUUUCUUUUCUUUAAUGAGCUCGCUUUUGAGAUUACAUCUUCUGUUUGGUUCCCAAGAAAUCUGAGCGAUAGAUUCUUUGCGGUCUCUCGGAGAUGGACGAGGAAAGUUCUUUGGAGCUACUACAGAGGUAUCGGCGAGACAGGCGAAUACUUCUUGAUUUUAUACUCUCUGGUAGUCUAAUAAAGAAGGUUGUAAUGCCUCCUGGCGCGGUUACGCUAGACGAUGUGGAUCUUGACCAAGUCAGUGUUGAUUUUGUCCUCAAUUGUGCUAAGAAAGGUGGAAUGCUUGAACUCGCAGAGGCUAUUCGAGAUUAUCAUGACAGUAUUGGUUUACCCCAAAUGAAUAAUACAGGUUCUGUUGGUGAGUUUUUUUUGGUUACGGAUCCUAAGGUUUCGGGUUCUCCUCCUAAAAGGGCACCACCCCCCCUGCCGGCUAUUCUCUCACCAACUUCAGAUCUCACUCCAAUUGCGGACGUUGCUUCAUUGCCUGCUGUGUCCAAUGUUUCUAAAUCAGAAUCUUUCAACUCCACACAAGUUCAGGAACUAACUGUAGAUGACAUUGAAGAUUUUGAUGAUGAUGAUAAUAUUGAAGAAGUUAUUAAUAUCAGGAUGUCACGAAGAAAUCGAAAUGAUGCCACUGAUAUUGCUGUGAAAUUGCCGUCUUUUGUGACAGGUAUCACAGACGAUGACCUCCGUGAAACUGCAUAUGAAAUCCUGCUCGCAUGUGCUGGUGCUUCAGGGGGACUCAUUGUACCUGCAAAGGAGAAAAAGAAAGAUAAGAGGUACAAGCUAAUGCGUACGCUUGGACGUAGUAGAACUGAAAGCAUUGUGAGUCAGUCUCAACGAGCGCCUGGAUUGGUUGGUUUGCUAGAGACCAUGCGUGUCCAGAUGGAGAUAUCUGAGGCUAUGGACAUCAGGACAAGACAAGGGCUUCUUAAUGCUCUUUCAGGGAAAGUGGGGAAGAGAAUGGAUGCCCUACUUGUCCCUCUUGAGCUAUUGUGUUGUAUUUCACGCUCAGAAUUUUCUGACAAGAAAGCCUAUAUACGUUGGCAAAAAAGGCAGCUAAACAUCCUGGAGGAGGGGCUUAUUAAUCACCCUGUUGUUGGUUUUGGGGAAUCUGGACGCAAGGCAAAUGAGUUGAGGAUUCUUUUGGCAAAAAUUGAGGAAUCCGAAUUUCUUCCUUCUUCCACGGGUGAACUCCAGCGGACAGAAUGCUUAAGAGCUCUCAGAGAGAGCGCCAUUCCCCUGGCUGAAAGACCUUCAAGAGGUGAUUUAACUGGGGAAGUAUGCCACUGGGCAGAUGGUUAUCACCUAAACGUUAGGCUGUAUGAGAAACUGCUUCUCAGUGUCUUUGAUGUAUUGGAUGAGGGAAAGCUCACAGAGGAAGUAGAAGAAAUGCUUGAGCUUUUCAAGUCAACCUGGCGUGUUUUAGGAAUCACAGAGACCAUCCAUUGCACCUGUUAUGCAUGGGUGCUAUUCCGUCAGUAUGUUAUCACAAGUGACCAAGGAAUUCUACAACAUGCAAUUGAGCAAUUGAAGAGAAUACCACUGAAGGAACAGCGAGGCCCACAAGAAAGGUUGCACUUGAAAAGCUUGCGUACUAAAAUUGAAGGUGAAAUGGGAUCUCAAGAUGUUACUUUCUUAAAUUCCUUUUUAGCACCCAUUCAGAAAUGGGCUGAUAAACAUUUAGGAGACUACCAUCUCCACUUUGCUGAGGAUUCGGUAAUGAUGGAGAAUAUAGUAGCAGUUGCGAUGAUUUCUCGGAGGCUACUUGUGGAAGAACCUGAAAUAGCAGUGACGCAGUCUACAUCCAUUGCAGACAAAGAUCAGAUAGAAUCAUAUAUAUCAUCAUCAAUUAAGAAUGCGUUUGCAAGGGUAAGAAUUAUAGUUGAUCAAGAAGACACAAGGCAUGAGCAUCCUUUGGCAUUGCUUGCAGAAGAGAGCAAAAAACUUAUGGAAAAAGAUUCGACCAUGUUUAUGCCAAUAUUAUCUCAACGGAAUCCACAAGCAACUUUUGUAUCAGCUUCGCUUCUCCACAGGCUGUAUGGAAAUAAGUUGAAACCUUUUCUCGAUGGUGCUGAACAUCUGACCGAGGAUGCAGUGUCUGUAUUUCCAGCAGCUGAUAGCCUUGAGCAGUAUAUCAUUGCACUUAUUACGUCUGCAUGUCAAGAGGAAACUGCAGCGGCCUUGUGCAAGAGAUUGUCUCUUUAUCAAAUUGAAUCUGUGUCUGGAACUUUGGUAUUGCGUUGGGUAAAUUCGCAGCUUGGAAGAAUCUUAGGUUGGGUUGAACGGGCAAUUGCACAGGAGCGGUGGGACCCAAUAUCGCCUCAACAAAGGCAUGGAAGUUCAAUUGUUGAAGUAUACAGGAUUGUCGAGGAGACUGUUGAUCAAUUUUUUGCUCUUAAAGUUCCAAUGCGAUCUUCUGAACUGAGCAGCUUAUUUCGUGGCAUCGACAAUGCAUUUCAAGUUUAUGCAAAUCAUGUUGUCGACAAGUUGGCUAGCAAGGAAGAUUUGAUUCCUCCUGUGCCAAUUCUCACACGAUACCGGAAGGAUUCUGGAAUCAAGGCUUUUGUAAAGAAGGAACUAUUUGACCCUAGAUUGCCUGAUGAGAGAAAGUCAAUUGAAAUUAAUGUCCUAACAACUCCAACACUUUGCAUUCAGUCAAACACACUCUAUUAUGCAAUUAGUCAGCUGAAUAAGUUGGAAGAUAGCAUUUGGGAGAGAUGGACAAGGAAAAAGCCCAGCGAGAAGUUUGUAAAGAAAUCCAAAAGCUUUGCACAGAAUGGUACAUUUGAUGGGAGUAGAAAAGAUAUAAAUGCUGCUAUUGAUCGUAUCUGCGAGUUCACUGGAACUAAAAUUGUCUUUUGGGAUUUAAGGGAGCCAUUCAUCAACAAUUUAUAUAAACCCAGUGUUUCCCAAUCUCGGUUCGAAGCAGUAAUCGAACCACUUGAUACGGAACUUAGUCAACUAUGCAAUAUGAUUGUAGAGCCACUUCGUGACCACAUAGUGACAAGUCUCCUUCAAGCAGCACUGGAUGGCUUACUCCGUGUACUAUUGGAUGGAGGCCCAUUAAGACUUUUCUCUAAAGGCGACCAGAAACUUUUUGAAGAAGAUCUAGAGGUCUUAAAGGAGUUUUUUAUUUCUGGAGGAGAUGGUCUUCCUCGAGGAGUCGUCGAAAACCAGGUGGCACGUGUCCGGCAUGUUGUAAAGUUGCAUGGAUAUGAGACUCGGGAACUGAUCGAGGACUUGAAAUCUGCUGGUAGCCUGGAAAUGCAGGGCACCCGAAGCAAACUAGGAGCCGAUUCGAAGACGCUAGUGAGAAUAUUGUGUCACAGGACUGAUCCUGAGGCCUCUCAAUUCCUCAAGAAACAGUACAAGAUACCUAAAUCGACUGCUUAGGUUGGUGCCUUUUAUGGUAUGGCAGGGAUGGACAAGUUAAAAGCAGGUCAAUCGUGUAACUUUUUACAUUGCUUCUAACUGAAAACAACUUCAUUUUUUUUAUCCAUUUGCCCGUUAUUUUGUUGUUUUUUCUGCCAGCAUUCAUGUUUCUAUCCACUUUCUGUUAGAUGGUUAUUCAUUUUUCUCUAAUUUUUUUUAAUACUAAUUCAUUUUUAUUGUUUUGUUUUA